AUGUGCAGCCUGGGUGCGCUGGCGCGCGGCUGUCGGCCGCCCGGCGCGCGCUGCUGCCUCUGCUGGUGCUGCUGCUGCUCCUGCUCCUGGUGGGUACCCGGCCCAGUGCCCGGUCCAAUGUCCAGACCAGUGCCCGCGGGAGGGAAUGUAGUGUGCUUAAACCGGGUACUCGGGGGCGGUCGGGUCUCUCGGGUUGAGUCGGGUGCCCUCGGGAGCGGUCGGGACACUCAGGCAAGUGUCUGUUGCAGCGCGGCGGAGCGCGCCGGCGAGCGCGGCGCAGGCGGCAAGGCGCGCCGCCCCGGCCCGCACGAGCCCUUGCUGGUCGACGGAGACGCGCCGCCUACAUUGGAGGAAAUCCAGAGCUGGGGCCAGUCGUUCGACCGCCUCAUGCGCAGCGCAG